AUGAGCACACCCGAAAGCAGCAUCCUUCUUAAAGAAGAACCCCAGAGAGCUGCAGGAGACUAUGAUGAUACCAAAUCAGGAAACUCCUCCGGUUCUACAGAAGAACCCCAGACGAUUUCAGGAGAUGCCGAGAAACCAUAUCCAGAAGACCCCACCGGUCCCACAAAAGAACCCCAAACAGCUUCAGGAGAAUCCGAAAAACCGAAUCCAGAAGGCUCCACCGGUUCUACAGAAGAACCCCAGACGAUUCCAGGAGAUUCCGAGAAACCAAAUACAAAAGACUCCAACGACUCUACGGAAGAACCCCAGACAGCUUCAGAUGGAUCAAUACAGUCCUUCACUGACAUGCCGAUGGUCGAUGCAAAUAUGACAGCUUCUGAUUCGAACAAGUACGAUGUUAAAGUAGACGUAAAGGAUUUGGUAACAAAGUCUGAGAUACGGAACAAAAAACGACACCAUUCGAAACCUCGUAUUCGCCUUCAGGUAUACCACCAGGAAUGGCCUGACCAUGGGCAAGAAAAGGAAAUCACGGUAGUAAAAUUCGAUACCGGCGUUCAAAAGAUUGAGGGUGAAGAAACCCCUGGAGGAGCAUCAUCACAGAGAAUUCUCAAAAUCGAACGAAGGCCUUCUGCAGAAUUAGCCUAUUAUCGACGAUAAAGAAUUCGAUUGCAGACAGAUGGAUGGGUCGAGUUGUUGAAGAGUGAAGAGCCGGAACAGAAAUCGGAUUCUCAUGGCCUCACUGAAAAACCAUUCAUCAGAAGAUAUGUUAUGAAAAGACCCCAUACUCAGAAACGCUUCGCCGUCCCACCACAACACCUCCGUGAAGUUCGUGCCGAUCAUGAGAUGCCCGAAUCACUUGGACAGCCCGUUUCACUUUGGCACCAUAGGCCGUUUUGGCGUCUUGGUAGGCAAGCUGCAUCUCCUGAGCCACCAGGACCGAAUGAACCAAGUGGGCCGGUUUCGCCGCCUGAGCCACCUGUACCACCCGUGCCGCCUGAACCAAGUGGGCCGGAUCAGUCGCCUGAGCCACCCGAAUCGCCUGGGCCAUUCGAGCCAUCUGAGUCACCUGGGCCGGUUGAAUCUUCUAGGCCACCUGGUCCAGACGAGGUGUCUACACCAACCCUCUCUACAGAAAUCGAAGAAAUAACAACAACCUCCUCUCCAUUGCUCACAACAACGACUACGACCACUACGGUCGAGACGACUACGAUGGAAACGAAAGAAACCACUACAACUUCAUCAACUGAAGCUGAUACUACUACUACUGAGGAAGAGGAGAAGAAACCGCGAAAAUCAACGACACUCGCACCUGUGGCGUCAGUUUUUGAGAGUUUUUUUUUCUCUCAAAAACAAUUUGACUGA